AUGGCGGCCGGCGUGGCGGCGUGGCUGCCCUUCGCCAGGGCGGCGGCCAUCGGGUGGAUGCCUGUGGCCUCUGGGCCCAUGCCCGCGCCGCCGAGGCAGGAGCGGAAACGAACUCAGGACGCGCUCAUCGUGCUGAACGUGAGCGGCACCCGGUUCCAGACGUGGCAGGACACCCUGGAGCGCUACCCCGACACGCUGCUGGGCAGCUCGGAAAGGGACUUCUUCUACCACCCCGAGACCCAGCAGUACUUCUUCGACCGGGACCCCGACAUCUUCCGCCACAUCCUCAACUUCUACCGCACCGGAAAGCUGCACUACCCGCGCCACGAGUGCAUCUCCGCCUAUGACGAGGAGCUGGCCUUCUUCGGCCUCAUCCCGGAAAUCAUCGGUGACUGCUGCUAUGAGGAGUACAAGGACCGCCGGCGAGAGAACGCCGAGCGCCUGCAGGACGACGCGGACACGGAUACCACGGGCGAGAGCGCGCUGCCCACCAUGACGGCGCGGCAGCGCGUGUGGCGCGCCUUCGAGAACCCGCACACCAGCACCAUGGCCCUGGUGUUCUACUACGUGACUGGCUUCUUCAUCGCCGUCUCCGUCAUCGCCAAUGUGGUGGAGACUGUGCCGUGUGGCUCCAGCCCCGGCCACAUCAAGGAGCUGCCGUGUGGAGAGCGGUACGCAGUGGCCUUCUUCUGCCUGGACACCGCCUGUGUCAUGAUCUUCACUGUGGAGUACCUGCUGCGCCUGGCCGCGGCCCCUAGUCGCUACCGCUUCGUGCGAAGUGUCAUGAGCAUCAUCGACGUGGUGGCCAUCCUGCCCUACUACAUUGGGCUGGUGAUGACCGAUAACGAGGAUGUCAGUGGAGCCUUCGUCACGCUCCGAGUCUUCCGAGUCUUCCGGAUCUUUAAGUUUUCCCGCCACUCUCAAGGCCUGCGCAUCCUGGGGUACACCCUGAAGAGCUGUGCCUCGGAAUUGGGCUUCUUGCUUUUCUCGCUUACCAUGGCGAUCAUCAUCUUUGCUACGGUUAUGUUCUACGCAGAGAAGGGGUCUUCGGCCAGCAAGUUCACCAGCAUCCCUGCUGCGUUUUGGUACACCAUCGUCACCAUGACAACAUUAGGGUAUGGAGACAUGGUACCAAAGACCAUCGCAGGGAAGAUUUUUGGCUCCAUCUGUUCGCUGAGUGGCGUCCUGGUCAUUGCCCUACCUGUCCCAGUGAUCGUGUCCAACUUCAGUCGAAUCUACCACCAAAACCAACGAGCAGACAAACGCAGGGCGCAGAAGAAAGCCAGACUGGCCAGGAUCCGGGCAGCCAAGAGCGGAAGUGCGAACGCGUACAUGCAGAGCAAACGCAACGGUUUACUCAGCAACCAGCUGCAGAAAAGUUCCUCGGAGGAAGAGCAGGCCUUUGUUACCAAAUCGGGCUCCAGCUUUGAAACCCAGCACCACCACCUGCUGCACUGCCUGGAGAAAACCACGAACCACGAGUUUGUGGAUGAGCAGGUCUUCGAAGAAAGCUGCAUGGAGGUGGCGACCGUGAACCGCCCUUCGAGCCAGAGCCCCUCUCUCUCCUCACAAGGAGUCACCAGCACUUGCUGUUCACGACGACACAAAAAAUCUUUCCGCAUCCCCAAUGCCCACGCGUCAGGAAGCCACCGAGGCAGCGUGCAGGAGCUCAGCACCAUUCAGAUCAGAUGCGUUGAGAGAACGCCGCUGUCCAACAGCCGAUCCAGUUUAAAUGCCAAAAUGGAAGAGUGUGUUAAACUAAACUGUGAGCAACCUUAUGUGACUACAGCAAUAAUAAGCAUCCCGACCCCUCCGGUCACCACACCAGAAGGAGAUGACAGGCCAGAGUCUCCGGAGUAUGCAGGAGGCAAUAUCGUCAGAGUGUCUGCUUUGUAAGACAGUGGGAAUGGGCUGAGAAGAGACUGAGCCCUGGCCAUGGAAAGGAUCUCAGUGUAGAAGCAAGGAGAACCAGUACAUCUUCUGCAGAUGAAGACAGCAGAACAGGAAGGUCGGUAGUGAAACAAAAAUACAGCUUCCACGCGUAAGGAUGUGAAUCAAAACCGUCAAAUGGUAUUUCUAGACAGUUUAA